CCGCGCCUGCGCGGCGGGCGGAAGGUCGUCUCUGUGACCGGCCGGCGUCCGGAGCAGCCGUCGCCAUGUUGUCGGUCGCUGCCCGCUCGGGCCCGUUCGCGCCCGUCCUGUCGGCCUCUUCCCGCGCGGUGGCGGGCGCGCUGCGGCCCCUGGUGCAGGCCGCGCUGCCCCCGGCCCCGGAGCCGCCGGCGCUGGACGUGAAGCGGCCCUUCCUCUGCCGGGAGUCGCUGAACGGCCAGGCCGCGAGCGGGCCCCUGAUCGCCGUCGUGGGCCUCAAUGCCCCUGCCUCCGUCCGGUAUUCCCACACCGACGUCAAAGUGCCCGACUUCUCCGACUACCGGCGCGCCGAGGUGCAGGACAGCACCAGGCCCUCCAAGGAGAGCAGCGAGGCGCGGAAGGGCUUCUCCUACCUGCUCACCGCCACCACCACGGUGGCCGCCGCCUACACCGCCAAGAACGUCGUCUCCCAGUUCGUGUCCAGCAUGAGCGCCUCCGCCGACGUGCUGGCCAUGUCCAAGAUCGAGAUCAAGCUGUCCGACAUCCCCGAGGGCAAGAACAUGGCCUUCAAGUGGCGGGGCAAGCCGCUGUUCGUGCGCCACCGCACGGCGAGGGAGGUGGAGCAGGAGGCCGCCGUGGACGUGGCCCACCUGCGGGACCCCCAGCACGACCUGGAGCGCGUCAAGAAGCCCGAGUGGGUCAUCCUCAUCGGGGUCUGCACGCACCUGGGCUGCGUGCCCAUCGCCAACGCGGGCGACUUCGGCGGCUAUUACUGCCCGUGCCACGGCUCCCACUACGACGCCUCCGGCCGCAUCCGGAAGGGGCCAGCCCCCCUCAACCUCGAGGUGCCCUACUACGAGUUCACCAGCGACGACGUGGUGGUGGUGGGCUAGGCCGGCCGGGGCAGCCCUCCCCUCGUCCCCCAGAGGCCGGAGCCGUCUGCCGGGCUGCUGUGUGCGAGUGAGCCGCCCGCGGGCCUGCCAUGGCCGUGUGAAAUGAGCGGACCGCCUUCCCGCGUGCCCCUCUGCAGAGGCCGCUCGGAGCCAUCGCUGGGGCUGAGGGGCGGGGGGUCUGCCGGUUCCUCCAUUAAAUCACUGCUGCCGGACA